GUUCAUCCCGCACACGGAAGCUGAGAUGGGCUUGGUGGCAAAGGCCGCCGGUGUGCCUUUGGACCGUGUGCGCCGCCGGGCCAGUGAGCUGCAAGAGGCCAAUCCCAUGCUUGGCCACCGAGGUUGCCGUCUGGCCAUUACCUAUCCGGAAAUCUGCGAGAUGCAGGCUCGGGCCAUCUUCGAGGCAGCAGCAGAGGUCGGCCGCAGCGCCAAGAAGACACCGGUGGCUGAGGUCAUGGUACCUUUGGUGUCCACCUUGGAGGAGCUGGUUCAGCUGAAGAAGGUGAUCGAAGCAACGGCCCAGCAGGUUCAGAAGGAGCAGGGCGUGAAUUUCACAUACCGCGUUGGAACUAUGGUGGAGCUACCCCGAGCUGCACUGCAAGCAGGCCGCCUCGCAGAGCAAGCGGAGUUCUUCAGCUUUGGUACCAACGAUCUGACCCAGACUACAUAUGGCCUAAGCCGGGAUGAUGCAGGAGCCUUCCUGCCUGAGUACAAGGCAAAGGGUAUCGUCGAGCAGGAUCCCUUUGUGAGCCUGGAUCAGGAGAGGAU